GCACGUCGUGGGCGUCUGCAGUUUGUAGCUGUAUACCUGGUGCCUUAGUAAAUACUGGACGGAGGUUCUAAUUGGCUGGACCACUCUCAAAAAUGGCUGCACCCUUUGUAUACAGAACCUGGGGAUUAUUAAUUCAGCUGAGUCACAGGGAUCGACACUAAGGCAGUAGACGGCGGAGGAGACGACUCUCAAAACUUCUCUACAGACCCAUCUGUUUGCAGCAUUUUCACUACUGAUCCCCCCCGAAGCUAGCGCCCAAUGUCUGGGAAGAAGGUAGUCGUGGUCUUUGGAGCGACAGGAGCCCAGGGCGGAUCAGUUGCUGCAGCGCUCCUGGAAGAUGGCACCUUUGCCGUCAGAGCAGUGACUCGAGACAGCAGCAAACCGGCAUCUUUGAAGUUGAAGGAGGCCGGAGCGGAGGUCGUGUCCGCAGAUCUGGAUGAUGAGAAAAGCCUGGAGGUCGCACUGGGCGGAGCUUAUGGAGCGUUCGUGGUCACCAAUGCAUUUGAAGGCGCUAAAAAGGACAAAGAAGUCAUCCAGGGAAAACUGGUCGCAGAUCUGUGUAAACGCCUGAACCUGGAGCUGGUGAUCUACAGCGGACUAGAAAAUGUGAUGAAGAUUACUGGGGGGAAACUGGAUGUGCCUCACUUUGAUAGUAAAGGCGAGGUGGAGGAGUAUUUCCGACACAUUGACUGUCCCAUGACCAGUGUCCGUCUAGCCUUCUACUACGAGAACCUGCUGCAUGCCUUCAAACCAAAGAGGAGCCAAGACGGGAGAGUGUUUCUUUUAGGCCUCCCGAUGGGUGAUGUACCUCUGGACGGGAUAGCGGUGGCAGAUUUGGGUCCUGUAGUUGUCUCCAUUCUGAAAUCCCCAGCAUGCUACAAAGGAAAGAACAUCGGGCUCAGUGCAGGGAAGUUACUGGUGGAAGAAUAUGCCGAAAUAAUGUCCAAGAUUACCAAGAAGAUUGUCAAGGAUGCCAAGAUUCUCCCUGCUGAUUACGAGGCGCAGGGCGGGGCGCACAACAUGGCCAACAUGUUCCGAUUCUACAUGAUGAGACCUGACCGGGACGUGCAGCUCACCCGCAAACUGAACCCCAAAGUCAGGAGUUUCCAGCAGUGGAGUGAGGAAAACGAGGAGGCGUUCAGGAGUGGAUGCCAGUAAAGCCCUCACACCUUCACAGGAUUACUGCUACUUUAACCCUUUUAUAGAUUUGAUGUUUUAUUUUUUUUUUGCUAAUACUUUAAUUUCCCCUGUAUGGAUCACGUAAACAUUAAAGUUCUGGAAAUCUG